AUGGCAGAGUCAACGCUUACACAGUACGGUUUCCGCUUCGCUGACUGGGCCGGAGGUGAAGCCUCUGCCCAAGACUACGGCAUCUCGCAUGCCGUGGUCGUGCCACCCAAUGUCAGCCGAAUCAUAGUUGGCGGUCAGCUUGGCAUCAAGGACGACGGCUCGAUUCCUGGGAAUAUCGAGGAUGAAAUCAAAGAAGCCUUCGAACAUGUUUCUCGCAGUCUCAAGGCGGCCGGUCUUGGUGAUGACGCUUGGGAGCAUGUCUAUUCCGUGAAGACUUUUGAAGUUGCGCACAAUGGCAAAGGCAUUGCUGGUGUGGUGAUCCCAAUUGCAAAGUCUUAUCUGAAGAAUACCCGACCUGUGUGGACGGGCGUGGAGGUUAAAUCUUUGGUCUUCCCUGGGCUACAUAUUGAAAUCACUGUCGAGGCCUAUUUGCCGAAAUAG